AUGACUUUGGACGAAGAGAACCAACCUGAUGCUUCAUCCAGGGGUAAAAAAAAAUCUCUACCGACUGGUUGCUGUGAGCUUUGGACUCCUGUGUAUCCUACAAGCUGCUCUCAAUAUUUCCUGCGUCUCGCUCUCUAUAAUUCUGAAAGUAAGACAACAGGUAUUGAGGCCGGAUGCAAAAACCUGACUGAAGAAAGGGACGAGUUGAAGAAGAAUCUGACUGACUUUGCUUUACAGCUGAAUUCCCUGACUGCAGAGAGAGACGAGCUGAACAGGGAGCUGAAUAAUUCUGCUUUACAGCUGAAUUCUCUGAUUGGAGAGAGAGACGAGCUGAAGAGGGAACUGAAUUUUUGGGUUCACUAUUCCAAACAAGGAUGGGUGUAUUUCAGUGGUAGUGUCUAUUAUAUUUCUUCAAUCAAGAAAACCUGGAAAGCCAGUAGAGAUGACUGUCGGCAAAAAGGUGCUGACCUGAUGAUUAUCAACAGCGAAGAAGAGCAGAAUUUCACCAGACAAUUGAAGGAUAACAUGUGGAUUGGACUGACUGACAGUGAGACAGAGGGGACGUGGAAAUGGGUUGAUGGGACUCCACUGACCACAAGCUACUGGAUGGAUGGUGAGCCUAACAACUAUGACCUUAAAGAAGACUGUGUAGAAGUAAAACAACAUGAAAAGAAAAACAGCUGGAAUGAUAUCAAAUGUGAUCUUCCAAACUUCUGGAUCUGCGAAAAGAAAGUGUCUCUGUAACUCAGCAUCCAAACUCACCAGAUGUCUGUACAUCUUUUUCUUUUUGCUUUGGCACUGCAUCCACACAAAGUCAUUACAAUGAAAAAAUAAUGAAUACCUGCUCCGGUAUUCAUUCCCUGUCUUUUUUUUUUGUAUUGCAACUGCCUCGCUUCCCCCUCCACUUCCAAGUGAAAAAAAGCGAACGCCGCUAUCUAGAGCCAGUGUUUGGUUUGUCCGUUCUGGUCCAUUGUAGAAACAUGGUGGUUCAACAUGGCGGACUCUAUAGAAGGCGACCAGCGGCUAUAUUCAGGUGAAACUAAUGAAAACAUACCUAUGAAUAUUACAUGCCAUUUUUGACAUUAGAUGUUUCUAAAUGUUAAACAACCUUUAAAGGACAGAUUUAAUAUACCAUACUUAUACAGCAAUGUUCUCAUGAAAAUAAUGAGAAUAUUUAUUUUUUGGUGAAUUUCAAACUGAGAAAUGGUGCAUCUCUCGACUUUAUUGAUUUUACUAUAUUACAGUACUAUAAUGGCAAUUUAAAUCAAACUAUUUAUGCAUCCAAAUCUGCCUGCAAAUGUGUGUGCGUGUUACACCAUGCUCUUACCGUCUAAAGCGUCAACUUCUGUGUGAACUCACUUCUUUGUCGAGUUGGUAUCUAUAGCUUAGUUUCAAACCCCGACCACAUACAGUAACGAGCAGAGGCAGGGAAGGAAAUAUUCACAGACAAUGCAAAAAAUGAUCAUCAAAGUUUGAACUGCAUUUAGAUUGAAGAUUUAAGAGACAUUGUUGUGAAUAUGAUAAACAUACUUCUUUUAUUAAAUGAAAUAGUUUCAUAAUUUUUUGUUAAUCACAUUCAGAAAUUCCAGUUUUACUCUUAAGAUGUAAUCAAACUUUACAUGGUAUAGGAAGCAUAAGUGUAUUUUGGUACCUCAACUGUGUCAAUAGUGACCACAUAUUCUCACUUCUGAAGGAAAUGCUUUUAAUAUCAACUGUACUUACAGUUCUGUACUUGCAGCCAGGAUUAUUUUAAUCAAAUAUGUAUGUCUUAAUAAAGUCAUAUUUUAAGGUGA